UUACUCUGUAGCGGGUACACACUCAAGCAUCUUGCCUUUAGGGGCUAAGUGUUAUGAGAGGUGUUUAAAGUCGCCUCGAGCCUGGUAAGCCUCUGAAGGCUAGAAAGGACUAGAGUUGGAGCUGCUCAAACUAAACUAGAUAUCGGCUUACUAAGUUUUGGAAUUCUUUAAAUUAGUUAAUUAUUUUGUUUGGCCAGUUUUGUUUCUGUUGCUGCUAGUAAUAGUCUCCUAUUGCUGCAAUCUUAUGUUUUUGUGCCUGUCAAAUCCUUAAAGAACAAACUGCUACUUUUCAAAUCUUGAGCAACAGACUUGUGGCAUGUAUUUAUUUGCGUCACUUAUUUACUGGAGAGUUGUAAUUAGUACACCAAGUCUUAAUUAUUUUAUUGAUCGUGCCUUUGAGGGAUCAUGGGGGUGUUAUAAAACUCCCACUUCCACACAUGGAGCAGGAGCAGUGUUUUUGGUCUGGUUGAUGCGGUUUGGAAAGUAGAAGGAAUGUUUCAUAUUGUUGAGUUUAGGGAAUCAUCUGAAGUUGAGGUUGUACCAGACUCUUGGGUGAAAAAUAAUUCCUGUCUUUGGCCAUCAUACAAAUCAGUAGGCAGGAUCAGGCAAGCCAUUUGUCGGCAAGAGAUUCCUGGUGACAGCUGGAAGAGUUUUGAGAUUAGGGUGCUUUGCACAGAGGUAACAUAUCAAGAUGCACGUGCAAAGUUGCCACGGGCAGCAGUGACCUCAGAUUUGCAGUCUGAUGAAAAUGAUGACCGCCCAGCCUACUUUAAACGAAAGAAUCGUGGUUCAAAAAUGUUUAUCUCUAGUGGCAGUGAGGAUGAGUUGGAAUCACCUAUUUUUAGAAAAAGAAGAAAUGUAGAAGUUGGGGCUAGUGAAAGCAGUGCACCUAUUCCAGCAGCACCAUCUGUGCCACAACCACCACCCAAAAUCUUCAGAUCCACUGACUCUAGGGAGAAUAUUGGACAGCAAACCAGACCUGCGAGUAACUUUGGCAUGGUAGAUUCUGAUACUUCUGCUAUAUUACGAGAAAUCCUUGUUUCUUUGGAAACUUUAAAGGAGCAGCAGAAAUUCCUCCUUGCUCAUGUGCUUAAGCUUGGAAGUGGUGGGCCCACAAACAUUCCUGAUGUGACAGACCUUGGUCUUCCUCUGGCAUCCAUUCAAGAACUGAAAGACUUAGAUGAGCAAAUCAGGGUUAGACCAGAACAGAAGAACAAGUUGACAACAUAUCUCGGGUUUACUGGUGGAGUCAAUACAAAAGAGGCUGUAUGGAGGGCCAUGUCUACACUUUUAACAAACUCCUUGGCAAAGGAGAUCAACUGGAGUGGAGCUAACCGGAAACUGGCCUUUAAAAGUCUUUCCAUCAAAGGAGUUGUUCUUAAUGCUGUUAGAAAGUGUCCACAUGCAAGAGAUGCAACUGACAAAGAAGUUGAGCAGUAUAUAGCAAGGUGGUUACAGCUUGCUCCAGACAGAGAUGGUGGGCGGAAAGAAAGGGCAAAAUCUGCUGCGAGCAACACAUCAUUUGAGAGAGAGUAAAUUAUUGCUGCAUCUUCAUUAACACACAAGAUAGCUCACACAGUUUCUCAUUCUUUGACCUAGGAUGCAGUUCAAAUCAAUUUUGGAAAAGUGUGAGCUGAAUUGUGUUUUGGAAAUAUUAAUUGUUUCGUUUGUCCAAUAAAAGUGAUCACAGACUGUGCUGCUUUUCAAGUUAAUACAUACAUAAUAAACAUAUAAUUUAUUUCUGAACAUUAAUUAAUGUGUCAACAGUGUUUACAAAGCAUCUUCAUUUUGGGAUCAUUUUUAGAUCUACCUGCAGUAUUUGUAAUAGAAAAUAAGGUGUUAGAUGUGUUUUUUUUACUAGUUAUUAAUAAGGAGUAAUGGGUGUUGGGUGUGAUUUAUUAUUAGUAAAUGGUGCAACUGUAUUGGGUGUAUUUUAUUAAUAGUAAAGAGUAAGGAUCAAGAGUUGGGUAUCAAUCAAUAUUAUAAAAUAUAAUAAUGAUGAAUGGGUGUUGGGUGUGAUUAUUAGUAAUUAUUAAUAAGGAGUGUUGGGUGUGAUGUAUUAUUAGUAAUCAAUAAUAAUGAUCAAUGGGUGUUGGGUGUGAUUAUUAGUAAUCAUUAAUAAGAAGUGUUGGGUGUGUUUUUUUAUUAAUAAAUAAUAAUGAUCAGUGGUUGUUGGGUGGGAUUAUUAGUAAUCAUUAAUAAGUAGCGUUGGGUUUAAUUUAUUAUUAAUAAUCAUUAAUUAGGAGCAAUGGGUAACAGGUCUCAUAAUUAAUCACGCUGCAGUAGGCAGACUGGGCUGCCGCAAUCGGCACUAUUCACUCGGGCCAGAUCCGGGCAGUCAUUCAAAACGGAGUUGAGCCGAGCCGGCGAGAGGGAGUCGGACCGAUUACUGAAGACGUUUUGCCGGUAGGUUGGACUCGGGCCAGCACUGGCCCAGCAUCAUUCAAACACGCGGCCCAUAAUCGGACCGACGCUGGACGAGUAGGCACGAAAUCACCUGCCGGAAUCGGCCCUGUUCACUCGGGCCAGCUCCGGGCAGUCAUUCAAAACGGACUCGGGCCGAGUCCACUUGCCGGAAUCGGACCUACAACUUUUUGCCGGCAAGUUGGGAUCGGGCCAGAGCUGGGCCGACUAUAUUUUGCUAGCUGGGUGUCUGCCUCUUUAUAAAAAGCUAAAUAUCUAUUGAACCAUUGAACAAUUUUUCUACACCCUAAAAAAUGCUGGGUUAUUUAAACUACCCAACUGCUACGUUACUGAGGUUGGGUCAAAAAUACGGGUUAUUUUUUCGUUUGUUGGGUAAUUUUAAACAACCCAGCGCUGCUGGGUUUGCAGUGCGGACCUGAGAGAGAACAUGCACGCCCCGCCCCGCCCUGGACGCCGACCGCACCAUUUCCCUCCCGCUGGAAGAGGCUCCUGUGGGAAGUAAAUGGCUGAAAUAAAUAUUUCUGUUAGAUUUUUCCUGUUCCAUGGAUUCAUUUGUGAAGAAGAAAUUACAUGAGUGGAAACUGGACUCUCUGAUUCCUAGGUCUGAGUAUGAAGAAAUGAAAAAGGAGUUUUCUUUUACUGGACGAUGCUUCCAUUGUGGCGCUAGUUCCUGUGAUUGGUCCCAGACUGAAACUGAGGUGACACCUCAGAAAACUGAAUGAGAUGCGCAAGGUGAAGAGGACAGAAGAGCUUCCGUCCGAGCUACAAAGAGACAAAAAAAAAAAAUCAUUUAUUGAUCUGCAACCGGUUAAUAUAGUAAUAAAGUUAAUAUACAUUGCUGUGAAAAAGUAUUGGCCACCUUACAUAUUUAUUUUCAUUUUGCCUUUUUGUCAGUUGCAUUAUUUUAGACUAAUUCACACAUUUUAACAAUAUAAUCUGAGUAAUUUUAAAACUAAUUAAAAAUAAAUCAUUUAAUUUAUUAAAGGAACCAAAAUGGCCUUAUGUGAAAGUAUUGCUCUACACAAGUCUUGUAUUACAUUAGCGUCCAGUCGUGUUGCAAAGAUGGUCACAUAGUGAACUGACUUGUCUAUAAGGUUUUAGAUGAAAGCGUUCUCUUCUGAUGUAAAAUGUAUUGUAAUACAAACACUGGAUUGAUAGCAGCUUAUGCUCAGCAUGUUUUAUUUAAGAAUGUUAGUACUAAUUCAAAGCAAUAAAAGUACUAAUUCUGUUUAAAUUCUCAUCUUUACAACAGGUUGGGACCAUUAUGGGGAGUUCCUGUCCGAGGCACAAGUCACAAGACCAUACCCAUUUGUUUUGGCUCUAGGAGAUGAUCGGCACUGCUCGCAAUCCUUUGUGGUCAUCAACAGGGAAAAAAAAUGUUGUUGAGGAAUGUUUAUGAAAUGGAAAUGAAAUGGUUGUUGUUGAUGACUGUUGUUGUUAAGAAAUUACUUUGAGAAAUUAUCAUGAGAUGUACUUAUUCAAUAAAGCAUUUUAUUGUUGGUA